CCGGUGAGUGUCAUUAUUACUGUAAUAUUGUCGUGGGGCGGAGAGCUGCUCCCGGUGUGACCCGGAUGUAGCGGCGGUCUGCCUCGGUCCUCUCGUCUGAUCCUCUUAUCACCGAAAAGGCGGCCGAGAUGGAUGUUGUCAACCAGUUGGUUGCCACUGGAGAGUUCACAAUCAUCAAACAGCCGUUAGGAUUCAUUAAAGUCUUACAAUGGUUCUUUGCCAUCUUUGCGUUCUCCACCUGUGGCGGUUACUCUGGAGUGUUUCGUCUGAGUGUGGAGUGUAAGAACCGCACAGAGAGUGACCUAAACAUUGAGGUUGAGUUCAGCUAUCCAUUCAGACUGCACCAGGUGUGGUUUGAUGUUCCUACGUGUAAAGGGCCGGAGCCAGAGCGUCUGUUUCUAGUGGGAGACAACUCUUCCUCCGCUGAGUUCUUUGUCACCAUUGGUGUCUUUUCCUUUCUUUACUCAAUGGCAGCCAUCUCAGUGUACAUCUUCCUCCUGGAGAAAUACCGUGAGGGAAACAAAGGCGCUCAGGCUGAUUUUGUGGUGACCGCUAUCUUUACCUUUAUGUGGUUGGUGAGUUCAGCAGCGUGGGCCAAAGGUCUCUCAGAUGUUAAGAGGGCAACCGACCCUGAUGAAGUCAUCAACCUCAUUGCUGCGUGUGAUCAUGAGGAAAAUCGCUGCAAAGAAAUUCACGAGCCUGUAGUGUCUGGCCUAAACACAUCUGUGGCUUUUGGGUUCUGUAAUAUGGUGCUGUGGGCUGGGAACCUGUGGUUUGUCUUCAAAGAAACAGGUUGGCUCGCAGCCUUCUCUGGCACUUAUGCGCCAUCUGGAGAGAAGCAGCCAGCACCAGACUCCUUCGGCCAAGCCUAUGGACAGGAAGGUUAUGGACAGGACCCGCAUGCCAGCUCCCAGGGCGGGUACCAGCCUGACUAUGGCCAACAGGGGGGUGGAUAUGAAGGCGGAGGCUACAACCAAGGAGUGUACGGUCAGGGCGAACCCACCUCUUUCGCCAAUGAGAUGUAAGUGCAGCCACAGCGGCUGAAGCUCUGCAUUGAUUACAGCAAGUUGACAGUCAUGUGGUCAGCCAGCGUGGAAGCUAUUAGCUAUGUUUUCACUUUCUUCAGUCUUUUAAAAGGGAAACUGGAGGGGGGGCACUUACAGUUAUAACCGAGGGUAAAUGCAUUGGACCCAGGAGGAAGUGUGCACCUAAUUUUAAUAUGCUGUCCAUUCUUACUUUAAAUCCACUGGGGUAUUACCCAUCCUAUUAUCAUAAAGAAACACUUGAACAUGCAACCAAAAAAAUGAAUGAAAACUAUUAUGUAUAUGUUAUGUACGGGGAACAGUUUGAAUGAAUUAAUAUAUAAAUUAUAGUAAUAUUAAACUGAAUGUGUUUGUUUGUGUGGUGUAAAUAUGAAAUAUAUUUAAAUAGAUCCAGUAUACUGUAUUGUGAAUUAAACUUAACUUUGCUUUUGUUUGUUUUGUUAUUUGUGAUUUAUCUUGUAGUCCCCACAUCUGUUUACUUACUUUUGAUUUAUUGUAGUGGUGUUUUCCCCCAUCUUCCCACUACAUCAUCUUCAUCGUUCAAACCCACAGUAAGAGCCAACCUUAAACCUCCUACCGAAUGUGUGAUAUGUUUCCUUUUUUAUGUGUGUAAAAUAUUCUUAGAAGGUUUGUGAGAACACAGAUUAUAACUGCUAACAGAAAGUAUUAACAAAAGUCAGAAGUCUGAGAUUAAAUUGGAAACAACUGGGAGUAAGCAGAGAAACUGAGUAACGCUAGAAAAAGAGUUAAACUGAGAGUACAAUACAUUACCAAAACUACAUGGAUCUAUUUGGUCCCUAUUCCUCAUAAUGUGCACAAAUUACACAACAGAUUAAUUGUUUUCAGUGUUUUGGUUAUAUAUGCAAACCUUUAUGAAUAUUACAUAAUUCCAAAUGCACAGAAGUGUGUUAAAGGAUAGUUCACCCAAAAAUGAAAAUUCUCUCAUCAUUUACUCACCCUCAUGACAUUCCAUAUGUGUACGAAUUCUUCUGCAGAAUGCAAACUGAGAUUUUUAGAAGAAUAUCCCCACUCUGUCCAUACAACACAAGUGAAUGAGUGCCAAAGUUUUGACACUCCAAAAAUCACAUGAAGUCAGCAUAAAAGUAAUCCAUAUGACUCCAGUGUUUUAAUCCAUAUCUUAAGAAGUGAUAUGAGAGGUGUGGGUGAGAAACAGUUCAAUAUUUAAGUAAAUGUUUGCUUGAAAUUCUUCUCCCUGCCCAUUAGGGGGCGUAUGAAUGAAGAAUGUGAAUCACCAAAAACACAAGAAGAAUGUGAAAGUAAAAGUUAAAGUGGAGAUUGACUGAGCAGAGAGGAGAUCUGUUUCUCACCCACACCUAUCAUAUCCCUUCUGAAGAUAUAGAUUUAACCACUGGAGUUGUAUGGAUUGCUUUUAUGCUGACUUGUGUGAUUUUGGAGCUUCAAAAUUUUGGCACCCAUUCACUUGCAUUGUAUGGACCAAAAGAGCUGAAAUAUUCUUCUAAAUAUGUUCAUUUGUGUUCUGCUGAAGAAAGAAAGUCACACACAUCUAAGAUGGCAUGAGGGUGAGUAAAUGAUGAGUGAAUUUUCAUUUUGAGGUGAACUAUUCCCUUAAUGAUGAUAUAAAACGCCACAUAGGAAGUAUAGAACACUUUUAAAGUCUGGCAUGGGUGCUUCAGUACUUGAUAAUCUGUUUAUCUUGUUCUGUGGAACGCUACUGAGUUUCAUGGGUAUCAUUUCUGAAAAAUAAUUUCCAUGUGUUUUGGCUUUUUUGUUUAUACUGAAAUUGUUGUUUUUAUGCUGUCUGUCUCCCUGCAUUUUACAUGAAGGGUCUUUCUUUCUCUCCCUCACUAUAUUGUCUGAUAAUGCAAAUAAAAUCAUGUUA